ACGCUGAUUGGCGCGGUCACUUCACAGGCCUUGUUUGAUAACAUUGAAGAUUCAACACAGCGAGACGAGACGGAGGUGGGGGUUUUCAUUCAGUUAUUAACGCGUUAUUCUCAAGAAACCACCAGAGGAUUAAAGCAUACUAAUACACCUAAAAGAUCCAAGUCUUCAGUGUUCGUGCUGUCAGGGUGAUGUCAGCAGCCUGUCUCGUGCGCCUGGCCAGGUGCAGUGGUCCUUAUGUGGGUCGCAGUGGUCUCUUACAGACGGCUCUAGUCCCAGUCCCAUUGCAGCAGGACAGCCACCUCCAGUUCACGGUCUUUAAGAGACAGCUUUACAGUCCCUCAGAGCAGAGACACAGCAACACACGGUUUGAUCCAGACAGCAGCGGCCGCCCCACCACCUGGGAUUCAUUCGGCAUCUGGGACAAUCGUAUCGAUGAACCCAUCCUGCUGCCGCCCAGCAUUCGCUACGGAAAACCCAUUCCCAAAGUCAGCCUGUCGAAGGUGGGCUGUGCCUCGCUCAUUGGUCAACGCAAGGAGAAUGAAGACCGCUUCCAGGUCUCCCAGAUGACAGACAACAUCCUGUACUUUGCAGUGUUUGACGGACAUGGUGGACCAGAGGCAGCCGACUUCUGUGAGAAAUACAUGGAGAAAUUCAUCAAAGACCUCGUGGCAGAAGAGUCCAAUCUGGAAUUAGUUUUAACGAAGGCCUUCCUUGAAGUAGACAAAGCUCUUGCAAAGCACUUGCACUUCUCUCCAAAUGGCUUUGAAGCCUCGGAUUUCCCCACUGACAUGACCCGAGCACUUUUGGUUAGAGUGCCGGGGAUGAACGCAGGAACCACCGCCACCGUGGCGCUGCUGAGGGACAGCAUCGAGCUGGUGGUGGGCAGCGUGGGCGACAGCCGGGCCAUGCUGUGUCGUAAAGGCAAGGCCCUGAAACUCACUGUCGACCACACUCCUGAGAGGAAGGACGAGAAGGAGAGGAUUAAGAAGGCCGGGGGUUUUAUCACCUGGAACAGUCUGGGACAACCAAAUGUUAAUGGAAGGUUGGCGAUGACGCGCAGCAUCGGAGACUUUGACUUGAAGAACAUGGGGGUCAUCGCUGAGCCCGAGACCAAGAGAAUAUCAUUGCACCAUGUCCACGACGCCUUCCUGGCUCUGACCACAGACGGUGUUAACUUCAUCAUGAACAGUCAGGAGAUCUGCAACAUCAUCAACCAGUGCAACGACCCCAAAGAGGCAGCUCAGAGAAUAUCAGAACAGGCUCUUCAGUACGGCUCAGAGGACAACAGCACAAUCAUCGUGGUGCCCUUCAGUGCCUGGGGGAAGCACAAGAGUUCAGACACAAGUUUCUCCUUCAGCAGGAGUUUUGUGUCGAGCGGUCGCUGGGCAUAGUCGUCAGGAUGUCAGAAUGAAGCGCUGAGGUCUUUGGACCUCGUUAAUGUGUGCAAUACAAUCGGUGCCCUUCAGGAAAUGUUGAUAAAGAUUUGCCCAAACAUUAAUACCUAAGGAUUACAACAUGUUAUUUAGAGUAGUGUGAUAUUGUCAGCCUCUGUGGGGUCAGAGGUGGCAACUUCAUGAUGUGCACUAAAUUAAAAAUAUCCUCCUUAUACAAGGUUUUAUCUUCUAGAAAGCCAAUGACCUUAAAGGUGCUGAGAGGUGAGAAGAGUCUGAACGGUAGACAGGAAGUUGUUACUUAUCAAACAUGUCUCCUGCUCUAUGUUAGCUGCUCUACGUUAGCUAAGAUUUAAAGACUGUUCCUGUCUGUCGUUCAGAGACAGUUUUAUAUGUUUAUCUGUUCAUGAUGCCCAAGUCUACACCUUUUAUUUGUCAAGGUAAACUGGGAUAAGUUACCUUUUCAAGACAGAAGUGUUUUGGGAUUUUACUAGUUGUUUUAAGUCUGUAGUCUUUAAUUCUGGACCAUUUUUCAGUGUUAACAGUAGGGGAGCGGUGAAAACACACUAAUGGAGUUGCUAGUAAAUCGCACAGUUAAUUUGAAUUCAUAUGUUUAAACUGUAGGAACCUGUAAAACCUCACAGCUCAUGGAGCAACUGAAAUAUUACUAUCAUGAGCAGAAUAAGUCUGUGACCUGGUCUUGAACACUCCAGGUACGUUAGGUCAGUGAGGACACAUUGUGAUCUGUCUGACCAGACCUCUAUAAAAAGCUUAGGCCCUGAUGGUUUCUCUUGCUCUUCUUCUCUCCAUGUCUAAAGAGUUCCAGACAAACACAGGUUCUCCUCUCUCUCUGUUUUCUGUGUUCUUAUAAAUCUGAUCUGAUGCACCACUGAGGAGCACCGACGCCUCUUUGCACAGUUGUGAUGUUUUGGGAGAAAAUGAACAAAACCCUGAGUGUUCAGUGAUGUGGUUCAUUACUGGGCUGUGAAUGGAGUCGCUGUUUGUAUGAAAAGCAUUUCAGUGGCUGACAUGACACUUACCAAAAUAAUCCAGUCAUGUCUCUUUAAGCUUGUGUAAGUGUUAAUAUCUGAUGUGAACAGGUGUUGUUGGGCUGCUGUGAAGUGUUAGGGGUACAGAAAUGUAUAGUUUAUGUUUUGUAAAUAAUUAUAUUUAUGUAUAUCUGUAAAACUGAUAUCUGUUCUCUGUUAUGUUGGUGUUAAAUCUCCGCUAAAUCAGUCGGUUCUCCUGUACUGUUAUUUUAAUCAUUCUCACCACCUGUGUCUCCCAGAAAGAGCAAAGCACAGUUAAUGCAACACUAAGGAACUGUUCAGAGCCAUGUCUGACGAUGUGAAUGUUUUAAAGCCCUCCAUGACGAGAGUACGGUCACAUUCCUGCAGGGCGAAGGGGUAACUCAGCAGUAGGAGUAAAGAAACUAGGAGUAACUCAGCUGUAGGAGUAAAGAAGCUGUAGAAAUCAUGGCUGAUCUAAUGUGAGUACGUUUCCAUUGCUUAAACCAUGAGAUGGACUUUACUGUUUUUGUUCUGUGGUUGUUAAAGCUACACAAACACAACCACUCAUGUUUAUCACCUGUUCUGUCUGUGAGACUCUUCAGAUUUUCCUCAAACAACAUUCAGAAAUGUUCUGUAAAUAGUUUUUUUCCUCUUCAUUCUCAUGUUGAAUGAAACGUUGGUUUAUUAUAAUAAGGACUUUGUCUUUAUACUGAACACGUCCUCCUCAUCUGUUGAAGUUAUCUCAGUAGUCUUUCAGAUAUAAUCACUGUAGCUGUGGAGCUGUAUCUGGGACCUAAAUGUGACUGUUUCAACACUGUUACUGUAUUUUUGAUCUAAAUGGCUUGUUACACUUCAAUUAAAAACUACACAUCAAAA